AUGGCUCGCCACGGGGAUACUCGCUCACCAUCUCCUGUAGGCAGCACAUACUCUUCAUCUCGACGCAGCCGCAGAGAUGAUUCCCGUCCUGAGAGAAGGCGAGAUGAAGGCCGUGGACACCGAAGGUCUCGCAGCCCCGAGAUUCUCACCAAUCUACUUCUAUCCAGCGCCGAUACCGCGAUCGCGAUGCUGGUCGCGAUAGAGACGGCUACCGCCGACGCGAUCGUUCCUGCAGAUAGACGUGACGAUAACACAUAUCGACCUGGUCGGAGAGACAGAUCACGAGACCGCCGCCGAGACGAUGAUCGUGAUUAUCGUCGCAGGAGUCGGGAUAGAGAUUAUCGGGCCAGGCGAGAUGAUUCACGCGACCGCGAUCGCAGGCGCACAGAUGAUUCUGCUGACUUGAAGCCCAAAUCUAGACGGGAGGACAGCCGUGACCGCGGCGUGAGUCGACGAUCCGGUUCUCGGGCUCUGGAGACCUCUAAGCCCACGACCCCCACACCUGCAACACAGACCGAGGAGGAUAAGAAGGCCGAGCGACGUGCCAAGUUGGAGGCAUGGAAACAGAAGCAAGCAGCCGAGCGAGAAAGAAAGCAACGUGAAGAAGGAGAAAGCGUAACGCCCGCCGAAUCUGCACCACCAGCGCCGUACGCUGGGAAGUUCGACCCGAAGGCCAUUGCAAAGAACGCUACCAAUAACACCGCACCAGCUCCAGCUGUCCUCGGCACUGAUGUUGCUGUGCCACAAUCAAUUAAAGCUACCGUUCAACCACCUGCUUCCCCUUCUGUCCCCUCUGCCCAUACGUCUGCUCCGUUGAAAGCUAAAGGCAAUGUCAGUGGUUUUGGACUAGGUGCAAAGACUGCUAUAGAUGCUGAAAAGCCCUCGGCUUCUCGUACUCUGGGAUUUGGCGAGGAAGAGUCAACCCGGAAAAAGCUGGAGCGCCUUCCAACACCUCCGCUCGAUGACAGCAAAGACACCGGAGUGAACGAUGAAGCCGCAGAGGACGAUGACGUCGAUAUGCAAGAUGGCGACAAUGAGGAAGAGGCUGCCGCAGCGGCUCGAUUAGCCGCGGAACGACGUGAGGAACGGCUUCAAACCCAAUCACGGGCUUAUCAAACCCAGGGUGAUGUUCCAGAAGGAAAGCUUCGAUUGAAUGAGACCAACGGUGCCAAUGGGGAUGUCGAUAUGGCUGAUUCGAACCAAGAACCUGAACCCUCUAAAAUGGAGGUCGACGAGGAAGAGAUUGACCCUUUGGAUGCGUUCAUGUCAGACCUCGCUGAUAAAGCCCCACCGAAAAAGACAUUUGGUGCCAAGUUAGGCAAGAAGAAGGACUCAAAACCUCCCCAGGCUAUAUUCGGUGACGAAGAUGACGUUGAUAUCACAGCUGUCGGUGAAGAAGACGCAGACGACGUUCUUGCCAUGGCGAACAAAAAGAAAAAGAAGGAAAUUCCAACGAUCGAUCACAAGAAGAUUGAGUAUGAGCCUUUCCGUCGAAAGUUCUAUAACGAGCCGUCUCAUCUUGCGGAAAUGACCGAGGAAGAGACAGCCAACUUGCGUCUCGAGCUUGACGGUAUCAAGGUUCGUGGUCUGGAUAUCCCAAAGCCUGUCCAAAAAUGGUCCCAAUGUGGUCUGGGAAUGCAGACACUCGAGGUAGUCGACAAGCUAGGCUAUGAGGGUCUGACAUCGAUUCAAGCACAAGCAAUCCCUGCCAUCAUGUCUGGUCGAGAUGUGAUUGGCGUUGCAAAGACUGGUUCUGGAAAGACCAUCGCUUUCCUCAUACCUAUGUUCCGUCAUAUCAAAGACCAACGGCCACUGGAAAACAUGGAGGGUCCCAUCGCCCUGAUCAUGACGCCCACUCGUGAACUAGCGACACAAAUCCACAAAGACUGCAAGCCGUUCUUGAAGGCACUUGGUCUCCGGGCUGUGUGCGCUUAUGGUGGUGCACCUAUCAAAGAUCAAAUUGCUGAACUCAAGCGAGGUGCCGAGAUUGUUGUUUGCACGCCCGGCCGGAUGAUCGAUUUACUUGCCGCCAAUGGAGGCAGGGUCACCAAUCUCCGGCGUGUCACAUAUGUUGUCCUCGAUGAGGCAGAUCGCAUGUUUGACAUGGGAUUCGAGCCUCAGGUCAUGAAGAUCAUGGCCAAUAUUCGCCCAGAUAAGCAAACGGUGCUCUUCUCCGCCACAUUCCCUCGUAAUAUGGAGGCAUUGGCGCGAAAGACACUAAAGAAACCUGUCGAGAUCGUGGUUGGUGGUAAAAGUGUGGUGGCUCCUGAGAUCACGCAGAUCGUGGAGGUUCGCAACGAAGAUGAAAAAUUCUUCCGACUUUUGGAAUUGCUCGGCAACCUUUAUGCUGAUGACGCUAAUGAGGAUUGUCGGACCUUGAUUUUCGUUGAAAAACAAGAAUCCGCAGAUAAUCUUCUCAGAGAGCUGAUGCGGAAGGGUUAUCCAUGCAUGUCCAUCCAUGGAGGAAAAGACCAAGUCGAUCGUGACUCUACGAUUGAGGACUUCAAGGCGGGCAUCUUCCCUAUUUUGACCGCCACCUCUGUCGCUGCGCGUGGUCUAGAUGUGAAGCAAUUGAAGCUCGUCGUGAACUACGAUGCUCCCAAUCACUUGGAGGACUAUGUUCACCGAGCUGGUCGAACCGGUCGUGCUGGAAACACCGGUACUGCAGUCACGUUCCUUACAGAGGACCAAGAACGAUAUUCAGUGGAUAUCGCCAAAGCCCUGAAACAGAGCGGACAAGAAAUCCCUGAACCUGUGCAGAAACUGGUUGAUUCUUUCUUGGAGAAAGUCAGGGCCGGCAAGGAGAAAGCCAGCACGUCUGGCUUCGGUGGUAAAGGAUUGGAGCGUCUCGACCAAGAGCGUGAAACCGCUCGUAAUCGCGAGCGCCGCACCUACAAGACCGGCGAUGGAGACGACGAGGAGGAAGAAAAGGAUGAAAAGACUAAGCAGGCCGACGAGGAUCGCUUCAACAAGGCUUUGUCCCAGGUACAAUCUGCUGCCGCUCCUUCUGCCCCAUCAGGUCCCCUUCCCGGCGUUCCCAAGGGCAUCGAUCUCGACGGCAAGAUCACAGUACACAAGACCGAGAAAGACCCCAACGCCCCUUCGAAGAAUGCAUUGGACAAGGUUGGAUCGGCUGUGGCCGAUAUUCAUGCCCGCCUAAGCAAGGCUGGUGUAAUGAGAUCCGGUGUGCCUAUCGACAACCGUGGGCCCGACGCUGGCGCAUUCCAUGCAACUCUAGAGAUCAACGACUUCCCCCAAAAAGCUCGUUGGGCUGUCACCAACCGCACGAAUGUUGCCAAGAUCCUCGAAGCCACUGGCACAUCCAUCACAACCAAGGGCAAUUUCUAUGCCGCGGGCAAAGAGCCCGGUCCCAACGAUCUACCCAAGCUGUACAUUCUGGUCGAGGGCGAAACCGAGAUUUCCGUCACUACAGCCAUGCGUGAGCUAAUGCGCCUGCUCAAAGAGGGAACUAUCGCUGCAGCUGAUAGUGAUGCUCGUGCACCGGCUAGUGGUCGGUAUAACGUCGUUUAG